AUGGCUCAAAAAGCGCGCAAGGACCGGGCCAAGUCCAACGAGUCGACCCUCAAGAACCUCCACAUUGGCUCCCUCAUCGUCAACGGCAUCUUCCUGCUCUCUCACUUCCUCUUCCGGUCGCGCUCCCUUCUGUUUUGGUUCAUCCUCUCCAUCCCGAGCUUCCUCUGCCAGUACACGCUCGAGAAAACGGGCCGGCCCAGCUAUGACCCCUCUACCAAGGCGCUUAAGGCUUCCGGCGAGGACCUCGCCGCCCCUGGCCUGACCGAGUACAUGUUCGACGUAGUCUGGGUCACCUGGGCGGCUGCCAUUCUCGUCACCCUUUUCGGCAACUGGGCCUGGAUAUUCUGGACCGUUGUCCCUGCUUAUGGUAUCUACAAGGGCUUUGGCCUGAUGGGCGCCGCCAAGUCGAUGGCUGGGUUGGGCGGCAUGGGCGCCGCUGGCGGUGAUGCUGCUGGUGCUGGUGCUGUUCCUGCUGGCAACAGGAAGCAGAGGCGUGCUGCUGCUUAA